AUGUUCAAAUUUAGGAAUUUAUAUUCACUAUCUGUGAGUUCUUAAAAAAAAACCAAAAGAUGGUAUAUGGAACACAUUAACGAUUUCUACGUUAAGGAAUCUAAAAGAUUAUAAUUAAGAAGCAGGGCUGCCUUUAAACUGAUGCAGAUCAAUGAGAAAUAUGCAAUCUAUAAACCCAAUUAAUAUGUUUUAGAUUUGGGAGCAGCUCCUGGUAGUUGGUCUUAAGUGGUGUCUGAAAAAGGCAAAGUGAUGGCAAUAGAUCUAUUGGAAGUGUCACCCAUAUAAAAUGUUAAAUUUAUUUAAGGAGAUAUCAUGGACAAACAAAUAAUGAAUUAAAUUAGACAGCAUAAAUUUGAUGUUGUGCUUUCAGAUAUGGCACCCAAUGUUUCUGGAGAACAUGAAGCAGAUCAUUAAGGAAUAACUGCAUUAAAUUAAACAGCAUUGCUUUUGAGCACUUUUACAUUAAAAACUAAUGGUAACUUAGUAAUGAAAACCUUUGUUGGUAGUGAGGAGAAACUUAAUUAUGACUUUUUUAGAUUAUUUUUCAAAGAAUUUUAUAGAGAAAAGCCUUUAAGUUCUAAGUAGGAAUCAAGUGAACUAUUUUAUGUUGGCAAAGGAUUUUCAUCAGAUUUAAUAAGGGAAAUAUUAGAAAACACUGAAAAAUUAUAUAAAUACCCAGAGUAAAUACAGAAUAGAUUGAAAAAUUUGGUAAUUGAUUAUAAAAUGUUUGAAUGA